GGACUCAGCCGCCCGGUGAUAUUGACAAUAGGAGAGAGAAAGGGGCAUUGACGGGCACCCACUGCGGGUACCGAGCGGGCGACUCUGGCAGCGGCGGCUCCAGCUCCGGCGGCUCCUCCUCCUUCGCCUGCUGCCGCUGCGGAUCCAAGUUUUCCUCCCUCCCUUCCCCCUUCCCACGUCGCCGCCGCCGCCACCGCCGCCGCGCCAGGUCCGGGGCAACGAGCUGAGGCGCCGCCCGCCGGGAAUGUGAGCGAGGAGCCGCCGGCGGAGCCGCAAAGGGGGUCGGUGCCGAUUUGAUGGGACGGGCCCGAGGGGGAGGAUCGUGAGGCCGCCGCCGCCGCCGCCGCCGCCGGAGCGCCGAGGUUCAGGUCCGGCCGUGAGGCCUAGAGGCGCCGCCGCCGCCGCCGCCGCCGCGGAACCGGAGGGACGCCGCGCCGGACAGCCUUCGCCCCGGGCUCCCCGCCGCUGCCCGGACCUCCUCCCGCAGGUCGGGGUCCCGCCACCCGCCCCCGCAGCGGCCCUCUCGCGCGUCUCCCGCCCCCCAAAGCCUCAGAUCAUCUUCGGAUUCUUCCCCAGAAGCUUCAAGUAGGGAUAUGUCCUCAGCACCAACUACUCCUCCAUCAGUGGAUAAAGUAGACGGAUUUUCUCGGAAGUCCGUCAGAAAAGCCAGACAGAAGAGGUCGCAAAGUUCCUCACAGUUUAGGUCUCAAGGCAAGCCUAUUGAGCUAACACCUCUGCCACUGCUGAAAGACGUUCCAUCCUCAGAGCAGCCUGAACUGUUCCUAAAGAAACUUCAGCAGUGCUGUGUCAUUUUUGACUUCAUGGACACGCUAUCUGAUCUUAAAAUGAAAGAAUACAAGCGCUCCACUCUUAAUGAACUGGUGGACUACAUUACAAUAAGCAGAGGCUGUUUGACAGAGCAGACUUACCCUGAAGUAGUUAGAAUGGUAUCUUGCAAUAUAUUCAGAACUCUCCCUCCUAGUGACAGCAAUGAAUUUGAUCCAGAAGAAGAUGAACCCACGCUUGAGGCAUCAUGGCCACACUUACAGCUUGUAUAUGAAUUUUUCAUACGAUUUUUGGAAAGCCAAGAAUUCCAACCCAGCAUUGCCAAAAAAUACAUAGAUCAGAAAUUUGUAUUACAGCUUUUGGAGCUAUUUGACAGUGAAGACCCCCGGGAACGGGACUACUUAAAAACAGUCUUACACAGAAUUUAUGGCAAGUUUCUUGGUCUUAGAGCAUUUAUCCGAAAACAGAUUAACAAUAUUUUUCUAAGGUUUGUUUAUGAAACAGAACACUUCAAUGGUGUAGCUGAACUGCUGGAAAUAUUAGGAAGCAUUAUCAAUGGCUUUGCUUUACCUCUUAAGGCAGAACACAAACAGUUUCUGGUGAAAGUGUUGAUCCCUUUACACACCGUCAGGAGCUUAUCACUCUUCCAUGCCCAGCUGGCAUAUUGCAUAGUACAAUUUCUGGAGAAAGAUCCUUCACUCACAGAACCAGUUAUUAGGGGGUUAAUGAAAUUUUGGCCCAAAACAUGUAGUCAGAAAGAGGUUAUGUUUCUUGGGGAGCUGGAAGAAAUAUUGGAUGUGAUUGAACCUUCACAAUUUGUUAAAAUUCAAGAACCUUUGUUUAAACAAAUUGCCAAGUGUGUAUCUAGCCCCCAUUUUCAGGUGGCAGAAAGGGCGCUCUAUUAUUGGAAUAAUGAAUACAUCAUGAGUUUGAUAGAAGAAAACUCUAAUGUCAUCCUUCCCAUCAUGUUUUCCAGUCUGUAUAGGAUUUCAAAAGAACAUUGGAAUCCGGCUAUCGUGGCAUUAGUCUACAAUGUAUUGAAGGCGUUUAUGGAAAUGAACAGCACCAUGUUUGACGAGCUGACAGCCACAUACAAGUCAGAUCGCCAGCGUGAGAAAAAGAAAGAAAAGGAGCGUGAGGAAUUAUGGAAAAAACUGGAGGAUCUGGAGUUGAAGAGAGGUCUUAGACGUGAUGGGAUAAUUCCAACUUAACAAAAACAAUGGCAGCAACAUUACUAACCUGUGGAGUCACACAUUUUAUGUAGUAGAAGAUGGAGCAACAGUUUUCUGUAUUGUGCAACUUUACAGUAGAUUUCACAUUUGUUUCAUUAUUACAACAGCACUGUAUAUACCUGUCUCUAAGUAAAGGAAAAAAAAAAAAUAAGGACUUCAAAGUUUGGACAGUAGAUGGACUUCUCAGAACCUUGCAAACAUAAUCAUUGUUCUUAACCCUUUAAAAAAAAAAAAAAGCAGUUUUCAGAGACCUGUUAAUGAAAUUGCUGUUAAAAUUCCAUUGUCGAGGUUCCUUAUUUAUCAUUAGCAGAGAGUAUGAAACAAAUCUCAAAUGUGAACAAUCUUAAAUUUAGCUUGUCUUUCUGCUAAGCUGUUAAAUGUAUUUAUAGGAAAGGAAGAAGAAAAAAAAAAGACUGUCAUUUCCAUAUAGGUUUGUAUUACACCCUCUUCUGGAUAACUUGACUGUAACUUAACAUCCUUUCCUUUUGCACAUCUUCGUGAGUUGAAUGUCUAUGCGGAAUGGGGCCGUGAGGUCUGAAGGUCCCAGGUGAAAGUUUUGCUUACUGGAGUGCACAUCUUUCCGGUAGCCAGGUAGUCCUGGUACUCCUUUAGGUUUUAAAUUUGGAGUAAAAGAGAAGAGGUGAUAAACAUAGUAGGGAAGGGAAUUUUGGAUUCAUGAAGGAGUUUAUGGUGAAUCCAAAUCAAUGUCUUGAAUCCUUUGAAAACAGGCACUGGGACAUCAUAGGCUUCAGUACCUGAGCAGUAUUAAUUGCGUACAUCAUUGAACACACAUACCAGAGAUGUUUUAGAAAUGUCAGAAAACAUCCUUUGGAGCAUUUUGAAAUCAGAAAGACAGACACUAAACAGUACAACCAUGAAAUUGAUCGCCAGGAUUGCGGAUCUAAUUGGAAAUAGAGUUGAGCAAACAGCUUGGACUGUUUGGAGUUGUUGCCUUACUUUUUAAUAUGUAUUUAUAAAGUAUUCCAGCAAAAGAGGAUGUAGCCUCUGGGGAAAAACAUGUUACUGUGUUUUUUGUAGAUUCUCCUUCUAUAUCUCAUCACAGCGCCAGCCCUGUUUUUAGCCAGAAAGGAUUCAGGAUAAACAUUAUUAUGCAUUCUGAAUUGGAUGCGUAUUCCUAACUACUGUAUUUGUUACCAAAAGUGGUUCUACAGAUGCUACUGACAAAAAUCUGGAAAUUCCUAAUGUCCUGAGUAUUAAUAAUAAAGUUUAAAAAUGCUUUUAUAUCAAAGGUGCAUUGUGACCAAAUUGUUUAAGAAAAAACAAAAACAAAACAAAAUCUAGGGCUGUAUUAUAGCUAUAUUUUAUUGGCUCUCUGCUUUGUAUUUAAAAGAGGACUCUUAACAUCUUGGAGAGAGAAAAAUACUGAUAAAACUGUGUACAGUAUGUACUUACCUAUUGUGGUUGCAUUCUUCUGUACUGAAAGAUAUGUGUUUGGGGCAUAUUUCCAGGUUUCAUUUGCUUGUUAUGGACAUAGCAGCAGUGAGUUGAUAAUCUAAACCAUCACUCCAGCAGUCUUCAUGGCAUAGAGCUGAUUCUGUUCAUGUGUUGAAUUGUCAUAGCAGCAAACAUGAACAUAUGAACUGUUGCUCUUAGUAGAAAUAUAAUAUCAAUAUGGGCUUGUAUAUUUUCUUCCUUCCAUUUAAAUAUAGUAGAAUAUGCAGUUAUCUUGUUUCCAAGAAAAAGAGAAAAAAAAAAAAGGUGGCUGACCUUUCUUCCUUAUUACGUGUUUCAGGAUUAUCAGGUCACAGUGUGUGUGUAAAAGUCAGCUAAUUAUGAAUACCGUCUCUCAACAACUUUGCAAAACAAAUGAAACUUGGCAUUGAGAAUUCUGAGAAAGAACCAGCAGUAAAAUAGUCAUAUGCAACACCAAACAUAACAUGGUUUGAUGAAAUUCAUAGGUUUUCUUUUUAAAAAAGAACAUUCAUGGGGAUUCAAUGUAAAAUUGGCAGAGGCUGCCAAAGAUGAAACAACUUCCUAUCAGAGUGCUGAAGCAAAGGUGCAAGUUCAACAGCUAAAGAUAAAAAAUAAAUUUAUAACAAAUCCUCUUCGAUUUUAGCUCGUUAGUUUUGACUCUGCAUUACAUUUAGUUUUGACAGUCUAAACUUUUGUUUGCCAUUAAUUCAUCUUUUAGGAUAAUGGACAUUAAAAUCCCAGGUUUAUGAAAUAUCUCUGCACAUUAGAAUGAAAUGCAGUAAUUUGAAAUGAGAAAGACGAGGCUCCUAUUUUGCACCUUACCCUGUCCUCAGUUAAGGUGAGAACUACACAGUUAUCCUUGAUGUCAGUUUAUGUGUUGAUUAUUCCAUACUGAGGAGAAUAAAGCCAGAUUUUAGACAUACUCAAAGAAGCAAUUAUAAAUAAUGUCUAAAAUUCAUAGGGCAACUUCUGAGAAGAAAUACUGUCUUUUCUUUUUAAUUGAAAGUGACAGUGUGACACUUGUCAUGUUGUGUCCAGUGACACAGAGUAACUGAGGUUGUCUGACUGUUGCACCAUGUGACAUAUUUAAGGACAUACUUGCUGCAUUUACAGCAGCCCUCUCUGUCCUUUCCCACAUUUCUCCUGUUGCUGCGACUUGAGCUCAUUGUGACAAAUGCAUCUUUGUGUUACAUUUGUUUGCUUCAUAAUUUCCAGAAUUAUAUAUAAAUCUAUUUUUAAAAUAGCAAAUAUUGUAGUUAGUGAGUGAUGAUCACUCCAGACUUAUCCCUACCAUAUUGGUUUCAGGGGUAGGAUUAAGAGUGUCUUUGGAAGAAAAAAACCCUGUGGUUUAGAGUGAUGCUGAGGCCUUAGGUUGUGGGCCUAGAAAACCCAUGUGAGUGAACUGUCCCCUCUCAUCCUUUGAAUCGAGCAUGCAUUCCUUUUCUCAUUGUGCAAGUGGCCCCGUUGUUUUCCUUCAGUGUUGAGUUUUUGUCCUUUUAAAUUUUAUUCUAUUUUGCUCUCCCUAACAUCUGACUGUUUUUUUUUUAAUAAAAUAAAAUAAAAAAUAAAAAAGUGAGAAAUAAUACCCUGAUGCCGCUGGAUACUCACAAGCAGGGUUAUGCUCCUUCAUCUUGGGCUCGCUUGCCUAAAGGGAAGGGUUUAAAUUAUUUUGUACCUCCUCCUAUGCGUGGGACAGUCCAGGGUGCAGAGCCAGGAACUGCUUGUAAUUGCACCUGCUAUACUAAAACGUAUAGCCCUAGGCUCAAUCACACUAUGGAAAAAAAAAAAAGUAUAUUUAGAGCUUUAAAAGCUUUUUUAUUUUUUUGUGGGGAUGGGGAGGGUGGGAAAGGGAAAAUGUAUGGAUGUUAUUGGCAUUCUUAAGUGUUCAGAGUUAUGUUCCUCUCCCCUCCCCUCCCCACACACACUUUAAUCAAAUGUACCGACCUGGUCCAGGAAAUGAAAAGAAUCUCUCUUGAUGCUAUUACCAAUGUUAUCACCAAGUGACAGUCACCUAUAGCAAAAAGGUGGCACCAGACAUGAUCGAUGAUGUUUAAUUUGCACAUCAAUAUUUUUAUUUUUAUAUUCUGGCUCAGCUGCUUUCUCUGAGUGGAGUUAAGGAAUGAGCCACAAAGGAUUUUUGUAGUAGGUAUAUUGGCAAUGCAUUUUAUAUUUCUCAGUAUUUAAUUUUGAAAAUCGAAAAGGAUUGUGCAUCUUGAGAGAAAGUUGAGCAAAUUUCGAACCAGUGGAAUGUUCACUUGUGCUGCUGCAUAUGCACGACAGCAGCAGUAUCUCUUGGAAAUAAACAUCCCAUAUUACUAUGUCUAUGAAUAUAGGUUUCCUUUUCUUCUCUUUCUCCCUCCCUCCCCCUUCUUCUCUCUCCUUUUUCUCCCCCCACCCUUUUUUUUUUUUUUUUUUUUAAAGAAAUCACUUAUUGUAAAUAAGUUGUAAUCCAAACCUCAUGUAUCAGUGAGGAACUUUCAAAUAUAAAUAUUACCAAUACA